ACAUCCGUGACUCCACUCCUACAGAAGAAGAAACGUUGCAUGCUUGUUUUCAGGUUUCUGUCUGAAUCGUGCGAAAGGACAACUACACUGCGUUGUAAUCAAGUUAAAGAGGAAAACAAGUCUGAUCUCCUCCCAUAAGCAUGUUUAAAAAAUUUGAUGAAAAAGAAAACGUUUCCAACUGUAUUCAGCUGAAAACAUCAGUGAUCAAGGGCAUCAAGAAUCAGCUCCAGGACCAGUUUCCUGACAUCGACACAUGGCUCAAUCAGAUUAUGCCCAAAAAGGACCCGGUGAAAAUCGUCAGAUGCCAUGAGCACAUUGAAAUCCUGACGGUCAAUGGAGAGCUCCUCUUUUUUAGACAAAGAGAUGGACCCUUUUAUCCAACCCUCAGACUUCUACACAAAUUUCCCUUUAUUCUUCCUCAUCAACAAGUUGACAAGGGAGCUAUUAAGUUUGUCCUGAGCGGAGCCAACAUCAUGUGUCCAGGACUGACGUCACCUGGAGCCAAACUUUACCCUGCUGGCCCUGACGCAGUAGUCGCCAUCAUGGCAGAGGGCAAGCAGCAUGCACUGUGUGUCGGAGUGAUGAAAAUGUCCGCUGAUGACAUAAAAGGGAUCAACAAAGGCAUUGGAAUCGAGAAUGUUCACUAUCUUAACGAUGGAUUGUGGCACAUGAAGACGUAUAAGUAACAUCCCGGUGUGAGAAAAAUGCAAGAUGGUAACUUCAGAUCGUGCAGCGUGCCUCCCGUUUACACCAAAUGGACUUGAACAGCAAACCACCAAGCUCAAAGCUUUGAAAUGAACAUCCGCAUCAAUGUACAAAUAAAGCCAGAAUUUGAGAUAUUGAAAA